UCAAAGUGUGCCUUGAAUUAUCCUUUUAAAUCAUUUCAAACUGUUAGUAAAAUCAUUUAAUAUCAACACAGAGGCAGCAGCAACAGCAGCAGCAGCAGAUAUUGAAAGCAGCUCGAAUAAAAAAGUCUAAAAACAGAAGAAGAAAGAAAUUAGCAACGAUGAACAAUCCACGUUCCACUUUCACCCGUACACAGAGGACCUUUGGAUUCUUUGAAUCCUUCAACUCGAAUGAGCAGCCGCAGCAGCAGCAGCAGCAGGGCGAAGGUCCCGGUACCACUGACAAGGAUGGACUCAAUUCGAUGCCAUUUCUUAAUAAUAUUCACACCAUUCCCCUGCUCUCCCGCACAAUGGGUCGCAAUGGGUCCUUGUCCCCCAUUCAGAGGGGAGAUUCAGAUGGAUUCAAUGCUGUGCCACAGAUGGCCGGGCUGGGAAGCCAGCAGCCCACAUCCCACCGGACAGGAGCACCUUAUGCGAGCACCGCCAGAUCCACGCACAGCAAUUACUACGAGGGCGACUCCUUGAAGAUGCCCAACGAGGUGAAGGAGCAGGAUCCCUGCCUCUGUCAGAGCCCGAGCCGGAGCCCGAGCCAGGCAGACCGCAUUGAAACAGACUCGGAAACGGAGGAGCUCAGCAGCCGCCCACCACCCACAGUCAGCCCUUCGAAGUCUCUCCUCGAUCUUGUGCUGUCGAAAUUCAAGCCGGAGCAUCGUGAGCGUUUGGUGGCAACAUACCAUCGCGCCUCGCAGACCGCUGUGGUCAAGGGCAUGUUGCUGGUGCUGCAGGUGCUGUGCCACUCGACACUGUGCCUGACCACGCGGACAGUGGGCCUCACCGAAAACGUCGGAUCGGUGUGCCUGCGAUUGUGGAACAACAAGUUCAGGCUGCGCAGCACCCAGCGCCAUUUGCUGUGGUGCAUGGCCAAUGCCCGCGGCCCCGACACUCUUGUCUUUCUCACAGUGGCCCUGGCCACGCCUUGGCUGUUUUGCCUCAGCCUCCUGGGCUUCGCACUGUCCAUGGUGAUACUCCUGAAGAAAAGCGUGCAGGAGUUGGUGUUUCAGAUACGUCUGCGCAUGCUGCUCUAGAGCAGGAGCAGUGGCAGAGCAGAAAGAAAUAUAAUUAUACACUGAAACAAACACAAAACACAAAGACACACACACGCUGACACUCGCCUACCCCUCAGGGGGUACAAUUUUUGUGCAGUUCCAUUUGGGCAUCUAUUUUCGUUGAUGCCAAAUCUCGCAGCAGCACGGAAUCUUUGGCCUCAACAAGAAUAAAUGCCGGAAUUUUCAAAAUUCACAGUACACAGAGAGAGAGAGAGAGAGAGAGAGCACACAACACAAGAUAUUCCAUUCCAAAUCGAUCAGAUAAAUAUCGCCUAUAUGCAUCAUA